AUGCAUCAGCUGGCGCAUGAUGAAGCAGGCUCGUUUCCGGUUGGAUCUGUUGCUUUGAAGAAUGAGUUCUACGUGGACGAUUUUAUAUCUGGAGGCGAUUCAGUUGCUGAGGUUAAGGUCAAGCUGCAGGAAACCGCUGCAAUUCUAGCUCGUGCAAACUUCAAACUCAGGAAAUGGUGCUCCAGUCAUGCCGAAGUAUUGUCGGAGAUAGCUGACGACGAGAAAGAGUCGUACAUGAGGUUCAGCGAUGGCAGCGAAAUCACAAAAACUCUUGGCUUAGCGUGGGAUCCCUCAUCGGAUCGGCUGCUGUUCUCGCUGUCGUUCUUAGAAGCUGGUUCCAAGCCGUGCAGGCGGUCUGUCUUAGCCACAAGUGCACGAUUUUAUGAUCCGCUAGGACUUCUUGGACCCGUCAUGACAAAGUCCAAAAUAUUUCUCCAGCAGCUCUGCAAGGAUAAGUUGACAUGGGAUGAGAGUUUGCCUUUGCAGCGAUACACAGCCUGGGUAGAAAUGUGCAGCAGCUUUAAUUCCAUUUCUAGUCUUUCAUUCCCGAGAGCUAUUCUUGCUGCUGGAUGCCGUGUCGAAGUUCAUGGAUUUUGUGAUGCUAGCGAAGAGGCCUACGGCGCUUGUGUAUAUGUAGUGUCCAGUGGACGCACUUCUCAGAGUCGGCUGUUGUGCUCUAAGUCCAGAGUCGCACCACUCAAAACUAUAUCAGUUCCCAAGCUGGAAUUAUGCGGUGCUUAUCUUCUGGCCAAACUGCUUCAUGCAGUUAGAAACAUGGGUUUUCUUGAUGGGGAGUUCUUUUGCUGGAGUGAUUCAUCGGUGGUACUCUCAUGGAUCAAGGAUGAUCCAUACAAGUUCAACGUUUUUGUGGCAAAUCGCGUAGCGUCUAUUCAGGAUCUUACCCUCAACAUGAAGUGGCAACAUGUGCCCACGACUUUGAACCCUGCCGACGUACUCUCCAGAGGUACAACUCCAGAAUGUUUAGCAGAGUCCAAGAUAUGGUUUCAUGGACCGGAGUUUCUUGUUGGAAAUCGAGAUGGAUGGCCUUCACAACGCUGCUUAGAGUCUUCAACGUUGGAAAUGCGUAGUAAGGUCAUGAUAGCCACGUCUCCGUAUGAUGAUAUCACUCUUCGUUGCAAGUACCUUAACACGUUUGCCUCAAUGCAGCGCGUAUAUGCGUUUGUGUUUAAAUUUGUUAAUCGUAUAAAGCAUCCAGGACUCAACGUGGUAGAUGUCAACAAAGGCACAUGGCUGCUACUGCGAUUGGUGCAGUUGUCAAAUUUAUGGAGUGAUGUCAAGGAGAUUCGUUCGAAGGGCUUCGUCAAAAAUCGAGUUCAAUCGCUUCUUUGUUGCCGUUCAUCGACCAAUUUGGACUUCUGCGUGUUGGCGACCCCAAUCAAAUGCUACAUCAGCGUAUUCAUCUGCUUUGCUAGCAAGGCUAUUCAUCUGGAGUUGGUGAAGGAUUUGACAACUGCCGCCUUUCUGGGAGCGCUAAAAGAUUCGUGUCACUUCAAACUUCUCCUCAGCGAUCCUCAUAAGGAGUCAGUUCAUCGGGUGUGCCUGAUGGACAACAUCGAGUGGAAGUUUAUUCCUCCUCGUUCCCCACAUUUUGGUGGACUAUGGGAAGCAGCAGUCAAGAGCGCAAAGCACCAUCUGUAUCGCUCUGUUGGUCGCUCUAUUCUCAACUACGAUGAGCUUCGCACGCUGGUUUGCCAAAUAGCGGCAAUAAUUAAUAGUCGUCCAUUGCUAUCCAUUUCAGAGAGUCCUGACGAUUUGGAUGUGCUGACUCCCGCUCAUCUAUUGUUUGGUGGUCCUCCAACCGUGAUUCUGGAGCCGACCUAA